AAUCGCCGCACUGCGAUUGGACGGCCGUCCCCGGGCUCAACAAAUCAGCUUCCGAGUUCUCGAAGCUGGGGACUUGCGGAGUCAGGCCUGAAGCCUCGGCCUGGAUUUUUGACGGUGGCCGGAUGGCGGCGGGAGAGAGCUUCUCCGGCCUGGAGCGGAAUUGUUGGGUUUGCUUUGCCACUGACCUUGACGAUCGCUCUGCGGAAUGGGUAAGCCCGUGUCGAUGUAAAGGAUCCACAAAAUGGAUCCACCAGGCAUGCCUACAACGAUGGCUCGAUGAGAAACAGAAGGGGAACAGCACAGGCCGGGUGGCAUGUCCACAGUGCAAUACUGAGUACUUGAUAGUCUUCCCAAAGUUAGGUCCAGUUGUGUACUCUUUGCAUCAAGUUGAUCGCAUUCUGUCCAAAGCCAGCCCCUUUGCAGCAGCCAGCAUUGUGGUCGGGACAGUGUACUGGUCGGCAGUGACGUACGGAGCAGUGACUGUAAUGCAGGUUGUUGGGCACAAGAAAGGUUUGGACCUAAUGGAACGGGCAGACCCGCUCUUCCUGCUUAUGGGGCUGCCCACCAUUCCAGUGAUGCUUAUUCUGGCCAAGAUGAUCCGGUGGGAGGACUUUGUGCUUCGCAUGUGGCGCAAGUACUCCAGCAAGCUACAGGUUCUGAGCAACAUUUUCCCAGGUUUUGGAUGCCCCAUUCCUCGUGUACCAGCUGACACCAGCCAUCAGACUGACCACAUGUCCGUAUCUCGCAUUCUGUGUGGUGCACUCGUUUUUCCCACAAUCUCCAGCAUGGUCGGCAAGCUUAUAUUUAGCGGUGUGAACUCCAACCUGCAGCGAACUAUCUUGGGCGGGAUUGCCUUCGUUGCUAUCAAAGGGGCUUUGAAGGUUUACUUCAGACAGCAGCAAUAUCUCAUCCAAGCAAACCGCCGGAUUCUAAACUAUCCUGAGCGGGAAGAGGAGCAAGAAGAGUUGCAGGCAGGCUACGAGGACUCUGGGAGUGACUAAAGCAGUGACAGAGGGAAUGAUCAGCUGAGAUAUGAGCAGGUGCUGUGCUGAGAUGGACUGUUUUCUCUUCCUACUCUCUGGCCCGCUGGAAUUGGCACUUCGUGUAAUCCCACUUGGGGCCACCAGCACAUUCCCAGACAGCCAAGCGCUGGCUUGGAAUCCAGCCCCAGUUGUGCUUAUCCAACUCCCAUCAAAUUUUUUUUUUUUUAAAACCUCGACUGAAUAUGUACUCUCGUUUUCAGUUGUUAUCCUACUCUGUCAUGAGUUUUACUGCUUCGUUAAUUUGUUUCUUUACAUUUGAAACUUCUGCCACUCGUAAUUUUUUGCUAGAGGCCACUAUCCCGAGCAGUACCUUGCUUCAGACUUGUGAGAGGGAAUGUUGCACCCUGGCAUGGUAGGUUAUGGUUUUGCAUUUGCCACACACGUACAGCUUCCAUAUGGGGACUGGGCACGUCCACAACACAGGUGAUUUUUUUUUUUAACAGGACACACCGCUGUACUGUAUUCGCACCCUUUCAGUGGCUGUAUCAAAGCUGGGACAACCUGUGUUCGCAAUAGCAUUCUCAUGCCUGUUGCUAGAGAGGAGAUGGCACUCGAUCUCAGCUCACUGAGAAGCCAACGGCUGGGCAUCCAGUAAAGGGGUGCAGGAGGAGCAGCAGAUUUGCCAACAGUGAGGUGUGUGCGGGGUCUCAAGUGAUUUCCUCACAACUAGUAAUCAGUUAAGACCCAUAACUAACAAUUCUUUUGCCAGAUCCUGCAAUAUUUCAGGCCAUAAGGAAGGAUAGAAAUGUAGUGAUGAGUUCAAGUCGAUGUUUAACCGGAGUUUGACAAGCUUUUGCCCUGCGGAGAGAGUUUUCUAUGCUCAUUGCAUGUGGCUAAAAAAAAACACAUCAAAAUAAGUGACUUCAUUUUAUAAAUAUAUAUUUAAAAGUAGGAUAUUUUAGAUUAGAUUUUUUUUACCCACAGGAAAUAAUUUAUUUUUAAUGGAUCUUGCUUUUCUCCCUGCAGUGACAACCACCAUAAUUGCUCUUAAAUUUGCAUUUUAAUUUCCUAUUUAUGCAAAGCUAUUUGGAAUAAUUAAGCUGGAGAAGAAAAACAGGGAUUCUAUAAGUUUAAUUUAAUAAAAAUGCCAGCUCUGAAUUGUUGCUUUAUUGUCAUUCUGGUGAAUUCUAGUCAGUCAGAGGGAGUCUUGCCAUCCGGGCUAUUUCUAAACCCUCUGGCUUUUCAGGCUUCUAAUUACUUUUAUUUUGCUUUAUUUCUGUGCAUAAGGCUCCCUCCAACCCCCAUCCCCUAAUACAGGCUAUUUUGUGGCUGUUGUGGCAGCCUGAGUGUUGUUGAGUGACACAAGGAGCAAUGGAGUGCUUGCUCUUUGGUCUGAGGAAUGACCAGGCCUGUUAUGCUCUCUGUAGCCUCCUAUUCUGCUCCCAAACUGGCUGAAUGCAGGGACAGAACCAGAAGGUCUGUCGCAAUGGCACCAGGGAAGUGAAUGGACAUAGAACUAUGCAAAGGUGAGAGAUGUGCACGUACAACCCUCCCAAGAUAUCUGUGCUUCUCCCAAUUCUGGCCUUUUUCAUAUAUAUCCCUUUGGUGAUUGUGCUUUCAGCUGCCAAAGGCCUACCCUCUGGAAUUCAUUCCCGAAACCUCUCCAGCUCUGGCUCUUCUCUUUUUAAAAGGCUGCUUAAAACCUACCUCUUUUGCCAAGCUUAUGCUCAUCUGUCUUAAUAUCAUCUUCUGUGGCUUAAUGUCAGAGUUUGUUUCAUUUUACUGUGGGACAUGUUACUACACUCGAGGUGCUAUUAGCAAAAGCAAGUUGGUGUUGCUGUAUGUCAAUGGUACAAUUUGCCUUCCCUGUAGUUACAAUGUCUUCUUUAUAUUAAACUUGGGAAACUUCAAGUCA